GACUGGAGAGCCGAGGUGGCUGUGAGAAGUGACCCAUCCGCGUUGGUUCUUGUGGUGGCGAUGGCUUCCUUCGUGACGGAGGUUUUGGCUCAUUCGGGGAGCCUGGAGAAGGAGGAUCUCGGCACCCGAAUCAGCCGCCUGACCCGGAGGGUGGAGGAGAUCAAGGGUGAGGUAUGCAAUAUGAUCAGCAAGAAGUACAGUGAAUUCCUGCCUAGUAUGCAGAGCGCACAGGACCUUGUUACCCAGGUGGAUAAGCUAUCUGAUGAUAUUGAUCUGCUGAAAUCCAGGAUAGAGAGUGAGGUCCGUCGUGAUCUUCAUGUAUCAACUGCUGAAUUUUCAGACCUGAAACAACAAUUGGAAAGAGACUCAGUAGUCCUCGGUUUGCUUAAACAGCUACAAGAGUUUUCCACUGCUAUUGAAGAAUAUAAUUGUGCAUUAACAGAGAAGAAAUAUGUCACCGCUGCUCAGCACCUGGAAGAGGCACAGAAAAGCUUGAAGUUAUUAAAAUCCAGAAAAUGCUUUGAUUUAAAAAUAUUGAAAUCUCUCAGCAUGGAGCUCACAAUACAGAAACAGAACAUACUUUAUCACCUUGGAGAAGAGUGGCAGAAGUUGAUUGUCUGGAAGUUCCCACCAUCAAAAGAUACCAGCAGUUUAGAAUCUUGCCUGCAAACAGAACUUCAUUUAUGUACUGAACAAUCCCAGAAGGAGGAGAAGACCCUUAUGCCAUCCAUCAGUUCUGUCCUCUUGGCAUUUUCUAUUCUCGGAGAACUACACACUAAGCUUAAAUCAUUUGGUCAGAUGCUGCUGAAGUAUAUCCUUAGGCCUCUGGCAUCUUGCCCAUCCCUUCAUGCAGUGAUAGAAAACCAGCCUAAUACAGUUAUUGUACGUUUUGAAUCUCUGAUGACUGACUUGGAACAUCCAUCACCAUCUGAAGUUUUUGAAAAGAUCCGACUGGUGCUAGAAGUGCUCCAGAAAAAGCUUCUAGAUUUGCCUCUUGACACUGACUUAGAAAUUGAAAAAAUAUCUACAAUCAUAUUGGCUGAGAUGCUUGGUGAUGUGAUUUGGGAGGACUUGUCUGAGUGUCUCAUCAAAAACUGCUUGGUUUAUUCUAUUCCAACAAAUAGCAGCAAGUUACAGCAAUAUGAGGAGAUCAUACAGUCCACUGAAGAAUUUGAAAAUGCCCUAAAGGAGAUGAGGUUUUUAAAAGGAGAUACUACUGAUUUGCUGAAAUAUGCUCGUAAUAUCAAUUCUCAUUUUGCUAACAAGAAGUGCCAGGAUGUUAUUGUGGCAGCUAGAAAUCUAAUGACCUCUGAAAUCCACAACACUGUGAAGAUCACUCCUGAUUCUAAGAUAAGUGUGCCAGACUUACCCAGUCCUGAUGAGGAUAACAAGCUAAAAGCACAAAAAAUAUCCAAAACUCAGUACAAUGAAGCUGCGAAUUUAGAACCUGAAAAUACGUUGGAUCAACAUUCCUUUUCUUUGCCUACAUGUCGCAUCAGUGAAUCUGUGAAGAAGUUAAUGGAACUUGCCUAUCAGACUUUACUAGAGGCAACAACCAGUAGUGACCAAUGUGCUGUCCAACUUUUCUACUCAGUGAGGAAUAUCUUCCAUUUGUUCCAUGAUGUUGUACCAACAUAUCACAAGGAAAACCUUCAAAAACUUCCCCAGUUGGCUGCCAUUCACCAUAACAACUGUAUGUAUAUUGCUCACCACUUGCUGACCCUGGGGCAUCAGUUCAGAUUACGCCUUGCCCCCAUUCUUUGUGAUGGCACUACUACUUUUGUGGAUCUUGUACCUGGCUUCAGAAGACUUGGGACAGAGUGCUUUUUGGCUCAAAUGCGGGCACAGAAAGGCGAACUUCUGGAAAGACUGUCAAGUGCUAGGAACUUUUCAAACAUGGAUGAUGAAGAGAAUUAUUCUGCAGCAAGUAAAGCAAUCCGGCAGGUACUGCACCAACUAAAGAGACUUGGAACUGUGUGGCAAGAUAUCCUACCAGUGAAUAUAUAUUGUAAGGCUAUGGGGACUUUACUAAAUACAGCAAUUUCUGAGAUCAUUGGCAGAAUCACUGCCCUUGAGGACAUCUCUACUGAAGAUGGUGAUAGAUUGUAUUCCUUAUGCAAAACCGUGGUAGAUGAAGGACCUCAAGUAUUUGCACCUCUGUCUGAAGAAAGCAAGAACAAGAAAUAUCAAGAAGAGGUUCCCAUCUAUGUGUCAAAAUGGAUGCCUUUUAAAGAACUGAUGAUGAUGCUACAAGCUAGCUUGCAAGAAAUUGGAGAUCGGUGGGCAGAUGGAAAAGGGCCGCUGGCAACUGCAUUCUCUUCCAGUGAAGUAAAAGCUUUAAUUCGUGCCUUGUUCCAGAACACAGAAAGAAGAGCAGCUGCCCUUGCUAAGAUUAAGUAGCUCCAUCUUCCUGAGAAAGCUGUAUCUUGACUAUGUGGAUUCCUUUUUGGUGAAAUUACUCCCUACAAGGCUUCUUGGAAACACCUUCCAGUUUUGGUGAACCAGAUGUCAAGGAUGUCUUACCUCCUGGCCUGUUUUGAGACUUUGUUGAAGAACUGGUUAUUAAGAUGUCAAGUGAAGCACCUCAAUUCAUUGACUUUCUAGGUGCUCAACUUUGAUAAAUAAGAAACAGUGGGGCAGUAUUUGUGCUGAUUCUGGGACUCUCUGGGAGCUGUGUACAUUGCAGUUUUAGGCCCUGGCCUUGGAUUAAGGAAUUCAAGAGAUUCUAAGAGGCAGAGUGAAGAAUUUAUGAAAUUAAAUAAAUAUUUUUUGUGGGGGGACAGGGGUACCAUAUUUGGCUUUGCAGGAAUUGGGAGGCCUCCUAUAAUAUUUCUUUCUAGUAAAUAAUACCUUUCAGAGUUAAAGGGUGAGUGUCUUUGAUAACAUGGGAACUUUGACAAAAGAGACCAAAUUUUCUUCUGUACUUUAUUUAAAAAUUUGUUUUAAUUGUAGAUGGACACAACACCCUUAUUUUAUUUUAUUUAUUUUUAUGUGGUGCUGAGGAUCGAACCAAGUGCCUCACAUGUGCCAGCCAAGUGCUGUACCACUGAGCCCCAGCCCCAGCCACUGGAUUUUAAUUGAAGUGUAUGACCCUCACAGAUGUUCUGACUUGUCAUCUCCUUCCUUGUAACUUUGUCUGAUACUUUUUCAGAAUUCCUAGGUCUUUUAGGACUUUAAAUUUUGGAAGGUUUUGCUGUUUCAACUAAAUUUUAUUUUUUUGUUAGGUCCUCCUCCACUCUCAUUCUGACACUCAACUGUUUCUGUAGCUUAUCAGAUGUCAAAGAUUUUAAAUUGCCCGCAUUCCUUUGGAACGUACAUACUGUGAGAUGCCAGUGCUGGGCUGUAUAACCUGGUCCUUUAUUUGGUGGACAUGGGUGAUCCAUCAGCUCAAUUUUUGUUUCAAGUCUUUGUUUCCACUGGCAGUAUGUAUUAUGUUUCAGGUGUUAUCCCUGAUUUCUCUAGGACACUGGAUUAUAUCUCGGUACUAAAUAAUAGUUUCUCCCCGUGAAACAGGGGUGUGAUCUUUACAUGCUUUUGAGGCAGGUUCUGUCUGAAGGACGUUUCCAGUAUAAUGGGCCUGAUUUCUUAGUUCUCAGCCUCUUAAUCUCCUUGCCCUAAAACAUACUGUUUUUCCUUUUGCCUUCUCCCUCUUGUUCUUAGUUCUGAUUCAGCCCCUUAGUUCUGAUUCAGCCCCAUUCUGGUUGCUUGGUCUUUCUUUUCCCAUUUACGGAUUAUAGAAGAACUAAACAGAAAUAAGUCCGAUUUUCUUAUGACAGAACUCAACUGGGUUAACCUCAAGCUAUUUGUUUAUACUCUGCAUGUCCUCCUGUGAGCACUCACAGAAAAAAAAAUGGUCUGAACUAGCUUCUAUUUUUUGAGAACAAAGAAGCAGACUUUCUUAAGAGGGAAGAAGGGGCUAUUUUAAAAGAACAUCUGUUCUUGAAAAUUCACACAAUUUCAGGGAGCAUUCUUUGCAUUUUUUGGGAAUGGGGAAAUAAAGGCAGAACUGAAAUAAAUGCAUCACAGAGCUGUUAGAUAAAUCAGGUUUCUUUUGUUCAUAAACUCUAUUCCUUGGCUUGACAGGUACAGCAAUUUGGGGGUGCGAUCUUUUAUAACUGAAAAACAUGCUUUUCAUGCCUUUCCUCCUCCCAGCAACGUGGAAAACUUCAUUAACAAAGUUCUUCCUGGGACUGUUUCCCCUGAUGAAUAGUUCAUAAGCAUGGUACAGAGCAGGUAGACUUCAUCCUCUUUCCUGGCCAAGGCAGCUAAUAGCUGAUGGUUAAGAUGAUGUUCAAUCUGGGUAGGUAAGAGCCUUGACUUACUGAGUGGAUCUAUGGUGCAAGAAGAAGAAACCUCUUUCUAAAUGCAGUUCAAACUGUACAAGUGACUGAGAAAUGAAAUUCAUGAAAAUGUUUCUCAAGAUUGUAAUAGAAAGAAUUGUUAAAAAGACAAGUCUGAAAACAACUUAAAUCCAUGAGGGGAUUUGAUAGUGGCUCUUGUUUCUCUGUGAAUCCUGAAUUGGUUGCCUGAUCAGCAAUUUCUGAAAUGGAGAUCCUCCAGAUGGCACUCUUUCCUCAGGCCUAGAAGUAUCACAAGGCAUGUAGGCCUGGUCUCUGGGAAUAGAAGCUAGAGAACCUGUCCAUUUUACCGAGUUUAUAUUUUGGUCUUGGUCAGCUCUUGAAAGGUCAUUUGACUCUAAACAGCAUUUAUACUAUAAACUUCAGUAUGUUGCUGAAUAAUCACUUGUGAGUAGUUAUUCAUUCUUUGAUUAAUAACAUUUAAGCGGAGAUGGAAAAUCCCUUUGCCAUGCUUGCCAAUAAUUAUCACUCGAGAUGAUUCCCAGCAUUUUUGUGGCAUUUCAUUCUAUUUUCUAAUUUCCCAAGAUUUUGUCUUCUGAAAGUGCUAAGUGGUACACACAAAUACACAGAUACACACCCUAGAGUAUUUUUGUGAUCAUAAAAAAAACUGGCCCCAGCACCCCAAAAAAAAAAAAAAAAAAAAAAAAAACUGGCCCAAAGAAGUAGUUUGUCCAAGCUCCAUGCCUUUUUUGUGCUAUUGAUAAAUGACGUAUAUAGGAGUGACUUCAUAGUGAUGGGAGAUAGCCAGAAAUGCAAGAAGGUAAACCUGUUGGCCAUUACCUUUUGUGCAAAAAGUUUUGGCAUGAAAUGGUCUUUCUGAAUUUUUUUUUUUUUUAAGUUUUGAUGGAUGUUUGUUUUUAUAUGUGGUGUUGAGAAUCAAACCCAUUGUCUCACAUGCUAAGCAAGUUCUCUACAGCUAAGUUACAACUCCAGCCCUGAAUUGUAUUUUGAUGCUUAUAUUCUUCCUAAUCAUAAAACUGAUUCUGAACCUUUGUUUUGUGAUAAUUUCCUCCUGAAAAAUAGGCAUUUUGCCAAAGCUUAAAAUUUCCUAAAAAUUGCAAAGCCACAGUGUUGAGAAUUUCAGUUAUUGUAUGAUUUAGAUAAAUUCCUCACUUUGUUGGGAGAAGUUUGGUUAAGAAUUUCAUGAUAUCACAAGCUAUGACUAGAAAUAGCAUUAGAUGUCUCCAAAUCAAGUUAUGAAAUCUCUACCUAGAGGUUGGGGAGAAGGGCAAUAAUUCUGAUGAGCUAUGUUUAAGUUCUUCACUCCUCUUCAGAAGUCAGGUGUCCUAGUUUUUUUGUUUAGCACAGAGACUGGGGUAGGAAUUAAUGGGUCUUAGCUAUUGAAGAAGACAGUAGUACCAAGGCCAGAAAUACCUAUGUCCUCCUGUGCCACAGGCUUAAGACUUUCUGUGUUCAUUUCACUUAACAUUAUUGG